AUCGCGCUGACGCCUCCGCUAUGAGCUGCUUGGAUGUGAUGUACCAGGUGCUCGGAGCGCAGUCGUACUUCAGCCCCUACAUGCCCUACCAGUACCAGCAGCAGAAGCUGACCUUGGACUCCAAAAUGCAAGAACCUCAGCACGGCGGCGGCGCCGGCCGCCUGGGCCCCCCCGGACCCCCCACCAUCAAGGAGGAAGACAAGGAGCUGCCCCCGGGGGCCGAGUACCUGAGCUCCCGCUGCGUCCUCUUCACAUAUUUCCACGGGGACAUCAGCGCCGUCGUCGACCAACACUUCAGCCGUGCACUUAGCCACGCCUCCUCGUCCACGUCCUACCCCCCCAGCAGCCACAAGACCCUCAAAGAUGGCUCGUUCCCGAUGAGCCAAAGAAAUUUCCCGCCGUCUUUCUGGAACAGUUCCUACCCGUCUCCCGUGCCGUCCUCGCUGGCGAGCGCUCUAUCGGCCCCCCACUCUGAACUGGCCUUUGCCGCGGGGGACCCGUACGCCCCGUCGUCCCUCCACGGCCACCUGCACCAGCCCGGCCCUGACGCCUGGCACCCGUCUCACCCGCACCACCCCCACCACCAUCCCUACCCGCUAGGAGGCGGCAUAAGCGCCCAGGGCUCACCGUACUCGCGGCCCGCCGUCCACGAGGUGUACGGCGCAGCGUUUGAUCCGCGCUACGGCUCGCUGUUGGUGCCGUCCGUCAGGUCUCACCACCGCUUGGCGUCCGGUGGUGGCUCGGUGGGGCCGGCCGGCGGCGCGCACUGCGACCUGGGUGGGAAAGGCGAGGCGGCGGCGGCGGCUGCUGCCUGGAGCGGGACGUUCUCCGGAGUCGGCGAGAUUGGACUCAACAUGGACGCAGGUCUGCAGACACAGGACAAGAGCAAGGAUUUGUACUGGUUCUAGAUGCUUUUCCUCCUUCGCCCCGCUUCACUCUGACGGGAAAC